AUGACUGCAGCAAUUGCCCUGCUCUGGAACCUGCGCCGCAUAGGCACAAGGUGGCAGGCCAAAAAUGUCCCAUGUGCAUCAGAUGUGGUCGUCAGUCGGGCGUCGUUGGUGGGCAGGCGGUUGGCGAGUACCAUCAUUGCCCUCACCAUCCUGGACAUUAUGACCUCUGCCCCGCCCCCAGACCCCGCCAUGGUUGGGCUGGAGAAUCAAUCGCUAAGCGGCAUGGGCUGCAUGUCGCCUGCAUGUCUCGCCUUCCGGGUGAUAGGCACUGUCUCGUUCUGGCUGAGUACAGCUCUUAUCAACCUGGUGAUGGCCAACACUGUGACCUUACUAUCGGUCCUGGCGGGAUGGACCCUACCGACCGUGUGCCCACCCCUCUAUGGUGACCUUCUCGAGUCGUACAGCAUACGGAACUUUUGGGGCAUCACUGGUCAUGCAGACCUGGCCACACACUACAUGUCGCCUAAAGAACAGCACCAACUAGCAUCGCGCUACCUGCGUCUCUGGGCUGCCUUUGCAAUAUCAGGGCUCGUACAUCACAGCUCAGAUCUUGCAAUGGGGGUAGCUUCCUCGGACGCAGGGGCCUUGAAGUUCUUCCUUCUGCAGCCAAUCGGCAUUAUGCUCGAAGACGGCAUACAGGCUUUGGCCCGGCACGGCUCGAUCCCAAAGUUCAUUCGCUUAAUGGUUGGCUAUUUUUGGGUUCUUCUGUUCUUAUCUUGGUCUACUCCGACAUGGUUCUAUCCUCAGCAGAGGCUCGGCAUCAGGUCAGAGGACUUGCUCCCAAUCCACGUCUGCACAUAUUGGAAGAUAAUUCUACCGCUAUAG